AUGAAAACCGCACUACCCGUAUUGCAAAGAGUAAAUAAACUGAUCAGAUCGUGCAAGAUGUCAGGAGUAUUCCCUUACAGCCCGCCAGUGAACCGCGAAAUGCGAGAAUUAGACAGGUCGUUUUUCAUCACCAGGAUACCAAUGUGUGCAGUGAAGUUUCCCGAGCCCAAGAACAUCAGCACGUUCUCCAAGAACUUCAAAGAUUGCAUUCUAAGGGUGCCACGUAUCCCGCACGUUGUGAAAUUGAGCGCCGCCAAGCCAUCGGAGGAACCCACAAGCGUGCAAAACAAGAAGCUAAAGACCGCAGAUAGCGACAAUGGCACAAUCUCGAAGGGGGUGUUGUUACACGAUUCCAUUCAUAGUGUGGAGGAAGCGUAUGCGCAGCUGCCUGCGGAAGCAUUGGACUUCCUCAAGGAAAACCGGGCCGAGAUCCUAGCGCAUGAAUACGUGCUAGACUACGAUUUCUGGAAGGCGGAAGAAAUCCUUCGAGCAGUCUUGCCCGAGGAGUUCUUGGAAGAGAUUCCCACGGGCUUCACGAUCACCGGUCACAUUGCGCAUCUGAACCUGCGUAGCGAGUUCAAGCCCUUCGACUCGCUCAUCGGACAGGUCAUCCUGGACAAGAACAACAAGAUCGAAUGCGUGGUGGACAAAGUGAGUUCCAUCGCCACGCAGUUCCGGACCUUCCCGAUGAAGGUCAUUGCCGGGAAGAGCGACAGCCUGGUGGUGGAGCAGCGAGAAUCCAACUGCACAUUCAGAUUCGACUUCAGCAAGGUGUACUGGAACUCCAGAUUGCACACUGAGCACGAAAGACUGGUCAAGCAGUACUUCCAGCCAGGUCAGGUCGUGUGCGACGUCUUCGCCGGCGUGGGGCCCUUUGCCGUGCCCGCGGGCAAGAAAGAUGUCAUUGUGUUGGCCAAUGACCUGAAUCCGGAGAGCUACAAGUCCCUGCAAGAGAACAUCGCACUGAACAAGGUUGCCCAGACGGUCAAGUCCUUCAACAUGGACGGCGCGGAGUUCAUCCGUCGCUCGCCAGAACUCUUACAGCAAUGGAUCAAGAACGAAGAAGACGGCACGAUUAAGAUCCCUGUUCCCGCCAGGAAACGCCACCGGUCCCAGCAGCAGCAGCAACAACAACAGCAACCGCGCUUCAAAGAAGUGCCGAUCCCAGCUCGAAUCAGUCACUAUGUCAUGAACCUGCCCGACAGCGCCAUCUCGUUCUUGGGCAACUUCCGCGGCAUCUUUGCCGAAUACGCCCGCGAAGACGGUAACAACGAAAUGCCGUGGGUGCACGUGCACUGCUUCGAGAAGUACCCGCCCGGCGAAGAGGUCACCGAGCACGAGUUGCACGAGCGCGUUCAUGCGCGCAUAGUCGCCGCACUUCAGGUCACGGCGCACGAGCUGCCAUUGCAAGCCGUUGCCCUGCAUCUGGUUCGCAAGGUCGCGCCGACCAAACCGAUGUAUUGCGCCAGCUUCCAACUCCCGGCCGCCGUGUAA